CGUUAUUCUUGACAGUACUGAUUAGAUACUUGCCAAGUUCAGAGAGAUACAGAUACAAAUCUGAAAUUUAAAACAAUAAAAUAUAUUAAAACAAAGGACAUUUGUAUAAUUCAAUUUUAGAACAAAAAUUCUUGUGAAAAGACAAAAUAAAAAAAAAAAAUAUGGGAUCGUUAGUCAAAAUAAUCGCACUUUGCUUACUGCCAAUAGUAGCCUGCCAAUAUAGCGUAAAUGUUCAACAGCAACAACCUCAACAGCUGCUACAAGCUGCGCCAGAACCACACGAAUAUUUAGACAUUCAAGCGCCAGAAGUGUUUUCAUUUACACCAUCGCCAUUGCAAAGGCCCGAAAGUCUACAGAGUCGACCAUACUUUGAUUUCUUGAGCACUCUUUAUCGCCAUGAUGCCGGAAAGAAAUCACUGUUUGUCCAGCCUCCAAGGAACAGGAGGGCCGUAAAUGAACUUCUGGCAUCUGCUCCAGUUGAAUCGAGUCAAUUGAGGCAAAAGCGUGCCAUAGUAUUCCGUCCACUGUUUGUUUAUAGACAGCAAGAAAUCAAAAAGCAGAGGAUCCAAAGUGAAAAUGAUCUCAGACGUUAUCGUCACUAAGUUAAAAAGUUGUGACUUAUCUGAUGGUUUAAAAUACUAUUUGUGUAGGAAAAAUUGUUAUCGUUAUGUUAGAUCAAUGGAAAAAUUGAUCUUUGUAUGAUUUUUGUUUUUAUAAAUAUUUUGUAGAAUUUAGAGCGGAAAUGAAGAAAGAAAAUUAAAAACAGGAAUUUUAUUUUUAAUACAUUUUUAUUGUUAAAGCUGUUAUUCAAUUUAAUUAGAUUCAUGACUUAACUUAAAUAAGGAAAUAUAUUAAAUUAUUAUUAAUUAUAGAAUAAAUAAAAUUAGAACUUAACAAAAUUUAA